AUGGCUUUAAUCUCAAGCGCUGACUCCAGUCGGGCCUUAUUCGCUUUUGAUGGAAAUCUGAGAUCCUAUUCCCCUGCUAUAAAUUCCUUCUUUCAGAUCUACGGUGAGGCGCUGCCGGUAUGUGAAGAUCCGUUCACAGUAUUCGAUCACUACAUGAACAUUUGCGUACCGGCCACCCUGAUUCAAUUCGUCGAUCAGGAAAACGAGCCAAACAUGAAGAUCAUCUACGGUUUCCUACUGCCAGUUUUAUCGGUGAUCGUGCUGUUGUCCAACGGUGUCGUCAUAUUGGUACUAAACGAACAGAAAACGAAGCGUGCCACAGUUGAGCCGUUGUUUUGGAUGGCGGUGAGUGCGUUGAUGAUGGCCGCAUCACCCCUACCAUUCACCAUCUACUACUACAAUCUCGGCCAUAUGCGAGACCUGAACCAAACCGAAUUUCUCUGCUAUCUUCAGAAG